AUGGCUCUGUGUCAAGCCAGACAAAUUGUAAGAUCAGAAAAACACAAAUUUCCAAAACAAUGCAUAUUAAUUGAUCCAGAGAAAAUCGUAAACCUCUCCUCGCUUCGAAAAUUCUUUCUUCAACACACAACAAUUCACAAGACCGGACAACAACUGUCGCAACACACCAUGUCUGCCAUACUUUUCACACAAGACGAACGCGAUUGUCACAGUUUGGACUCAAAACUACUUCUCAACGAUGCCACCACAUCCGCCGAUCACUACGGCCAUGAAAGUCUUAAAUUGGACAGUUCCUGUGCCGCCAUCUAUGAGGACAUCUUGGGCAACAAAAUGAAUGGCCUGCAACUGCAUAGCCUAGAUGUUGUCGACAAUGAGGACGUCGAUGCUGAUGUUGAUGCCGAUGUCGCGUCGCUGCAUCUAAACCUAAAUCACAACAAUCCGCACCACCACAAUUAUUGCGAUGGAAGUGACAGUGGCGUUGAAAUUGCCAGCAAUGUUAAUGUCACUCUGCAGAGGGCUCUGAGCAGCCAAAGCGGUGGCUAUGCCAGCAGCCAGGGUGGCCUAGAUGAACCAGUCGGUGUCAAUUUGUCUUGCAACUCGAGUAUGAUCAGCUGCAGUUCCGAUGUUUACGACAUGAAACAGGGUCAGCACGGUGUCAUGGUGGCCGCGACAACCACGACUACAACGACGAACCUAAAUGGCCGUUCCUCGUUGAACAGCUACGAGUGUUGCAGUGAGAACGGCAGUGAGAGUAGUUCGGUGGCUGGUCCCACCAGUAUGGCAGUACGCCGUGUGCCUAAUCACAAUAAUGUUAAGAAGAAAGUGGCCAUGUUUGAGCCGUCGAUGCAUGAAAGCCUUUCAAUGAAGAGUUCCGCAAAAUCUGCCACAAAAGAGGGAUCGCUAAAUUCGUCCAGUGCCAAUGCCUCGACACCGUCAAAGACACGUUCCAGUGGUUUGAAAAGAGCCGCAUCCUUGCCACGUCCUAGCCACGGUACCAGCCAGCAGAUGCGCGAGCGUUUAAACGAAAAAGUUAAUUCGAAAACAACAAAUUCCAGUUGCUUGACUCCUUAUCGGCAAUCGGCCGCGAACAGCAGCAAUGGUCAGUCACGUACUUCGACACCCUCGACAAAGCCUCAAAAACCAGAUACCUUACCCAGCCAGUUAAGUCGUACUACCUCAAUGAGCAUGCAACGAUUGAUCCAGCGUACACCCUCCUUGAGCAGGGCACGCACGCCCUGUACGCCCGAUGACGGCCGUUGGCCAGGCGUGGGUUCCACUCGCGCCAACCAGAGCAGAAGAGGUUUGUCGGUUACUCCCGAUUUGGGUUCACUAAAAAUGCGUUCCAGCAUGAUGGCCAGUAUGGAAAUAAAAUCAAGUGCCUCCAGUCCCUACAGUACUAUGCCGCGGAGGCGUAAACAAAAGUCAGUGGAAGACUUGACUGGACGUAAUUCACGAAGCAGCUCCAUAACCCGUGAAUCACGGAUGACAUCCUCGGUGAUUAUGACUUCCCGCAAGAGUCUGUCCACAACGGCCUACUCCAACAGCAGUACACCAACACAAAACAAAUCCAUGACAGCUUCCCUGACAUUGGCCAAACAGACAGCCUCCAGUUCGAAGAAACUUCCACAGCCAGUAUGCAAAACUAGAAUUUAUCACGAGACAUCUUCGCAGACUGCAUUGACCAGUUCCGAUUUGGAAAAGGCGUUUGCUGGAGUGGCAUCGACGGCCCGUCCAGUCGACAGUGUUGAACAAAAAGACGAGGGAAGUCAAGUCGAUAUAAGGGAUCAAGAAUUGGAACGUCUGCGCGAUGAGGUACGUCACUUGGCCCAACGUGAACAGGAGCUGAGUUCCAAGCUCAAACGUGAACGUGAUGAAAAACUUGCCAUGCAGAGGGAAUUGCAUCUGAACACGGAACGUGUUAUGGGCCUGUUAAAUUUGGCUCGAGUUGCUGGUAAUGGAAAAAUGUUGGAUGUCAGCACACCCACCUCCGACGAGGGUGAGAACAACCAAGACAGUUUGCUUAUGUUGGAGUCUCAAAUUCAGCUGAGUGGACACGAAUUGUUGGAACGUCAACAGGAAGUGGGCCAACUGCGCAAGCUAUGUCGUUCCCUACAGGCCGAAAUGGAACGUUCCAUUAUGCAACAAGAAUGUCUGCUCCAAGAGAAGACCGCUCUGGAACAGGAAUCCAACGAGUUGCAAGAUUUCCUCCAACAUGAAAAGGCGGCCAUGUGUGAUGCUCUCAAGGAUUUGGAAAAUGAAUACCAACAGUGUAAGCAACAGAUGGCCAGUAAAGAUGAACAGAUUAAAGUGUUGCGCGAUGAAUGCCGUCACUUGGUGAGACUUAAUGAACAAAGAAGACAAGAAAAUCGCAUGCUUCAAACUAAAUUUGCAGCCAUGGAGUCCAAGUCUAAAGAGCUGGCCAUGCAACAAAAUGCUUCCGUUUCCGGCGCCACAGCGGCUUUAUCUGGCCUACAUGCCCGUCUCGAUAAUUUGGUCGAACAAUUAGUAUUUUCAUAUAAUAUAUCCGAACAGGAUUUGGAGGAUAUUGGUUUCCAGGCUGAUGCCUCAACGAAUGUUAAUGCCAGCGGUGAACCAUCCCUAGAUUUGGAAACGAGUUCAUUGAAACUGACGCUCAACGGCCAUGAUGUCAUCCAACAUCCACAAACAUUACAAUUUGCACAAACAUCCAAUACACAAUUCCAAUUGAAUUCGGCCAGUGAUGGCUCAUUGUCGCCACAAAGGAAUCAGUCGUUCAUUGCGGCUGUCAUCAGUGCCAUACGAAAUGCCACAACGCAUUCGGGUAAACGUCUAUUGGUUAGACAGAAUAAACGUCACAGUAGUAGCAACGGAUCACAGCAUCACAAUAUCAAUGGUCAUAACAAUAACAACAACAGUAGUAGUCAACAAUCACAGCAGCAUCAGGCACAUGGCGAUCACAAUGGUGAUGAUUCAGAUUCCACAGAAAUGCUGGAUUCCGAAACUGAACCCUGCCUAAUGAUGGACAAUGUCCUGGAGGAUGUCAAUAUGCCCGAUUCACAUUCACACAAUAUGGUUUCCUCGUGCACGGGUAUGAUAUCACAAAUCGAUAUACCCUCGGAAUUGAUGAACAUCAGCACCACUGGUGACGAUUCGUUGCACAAUCUGUCACAGGCCAUUGUCAAUCGUCAGAACAUGGAGUCACAAGUUAGUGCUCUGAAUAGUAAUAAAAUGAAUUUGCAAUUGAAUGAUAACAGUUGCACCGAAGAACUUAGUUGCCAUGAUUCCGUUGCCGAAAUGCCUUCAUUAGUUGAGUAUUCAGCUACCCAGGCUGUGGUCGAUCAAGUUAUUGAAGUUGAUAAUUUAAUAACGAAGCUGUUAAAGGUCCUACGGCUCAUACAAUUGGAUAAUGAUAAUUGUAUACAGCAAUUGAUUGUGGAUAAAAAUAAACUACAACAAAGCAAAGAAGAUAUGCUCGAGAAAAUCAAAGAUCUGCAAGAUGUCAAUGUGAAACUGCAAGAUGAGCUAAUGGAUGCCACCCAGGAACUGAUGUUGAAAAAUAAUGAUUUAUCCAAUACCAAAGCUGAAAUUCAACGUCACCGUAAUGAAAUCGAUCGCCUAACCGAGGAUAUUUGCAAUCUGAGUACGCUGUGCAUUAAUUAUCGCAAAUUAUCGCCAAGCACUGAAAUGCCACCGUUUCCUGGUUUGAAUUUAAAUCUGAGCAGUGAAAUUGUCGAUAAUCAGGACGACAUCGGUGGCAUUUUGAAUUUAUUGAAAAUGUGGCAAUCCGAUGGCCAGCUAAAGGAUAAUCGUGUUCAGCAAUUUAUGCGAAAUAUUUUACAAAUAAAUCUAACAAAUCAAAAUGACAACACUAAUAGCAGUAACAAUGACAGCUUAAAUGAACGUUUACGAAUCUAUGCCAAUCAGCUGGAAAACAUUUCCAAACUUUUGGAGACAAGUUCACCACAAUUGAUUAGUGAUAAUCCAGAGCUACAACAGUUGCUUAAAGAUCUGGAAACAGUGAAAAUCAAUGCCAAUUGGAGUCAACUGGUGACAGAUUGCAAUACACAUCUGCAGCCGAAGCACGAUCGUCAAAAUCCGCAGCCAACGUCACAACAUUGUGAAGAUAUAAAUGCCAAUUAA